CGGCAACUCACUCAAGUGAUUCUCCAGCUGUCGUGUAUCCCACAUGCAUGGCAUGCCUGAAGCCAGACAGGGGUCAUGUCAUCAUGGACAGACAUGGACAUGAUUGAUGCAGCAAAACUGCCAAACACAUUCACCCAUGACCAUAAAAAGCACUUCUGCACACACUGCCUGCCUGCGUGCCGCCCGUCGAGGACAUAGAGGCAAUUGAGGGAAAAUGAUUGCAGGCAGGCAGGCAGUCAGGCAGGCAGGCAUGACCCCUUCGGCUGUACACACAAAGAGGAGGCGUGGAUGCGUCCAUCCAUCAAUAGAACAUACUGCACUCACUGCUCAUGUAUCGAUACUAGGUGGAUGGAUGGAUGGAAUGCGAUGGAUGUCAUCUACACAACAUCAUCUCAUUGGUCAGCCCUUGACCACCGCCACAGGCCGCAGCUUGACACACAUCUGGGAGAUGCCCGCAUCAUGACAAGUCUGGCACACCACACACAAGACACGCAAACGCAAAGAGACAGACACUUCGCCGCUGCCAGUGACCACCCAUUCCUUCAUGGGCAGCUGGCUGGGUGUUUCAGCUGACCUGCACGACUUGUGUGACGUCCUUGUACGAGUCGGGGGCCUCCUCCAUUAUCAGCUUGGGAGACGCCACACGCACCUGCAGGUCAACCAGAGCGUCCGCACACACAUGUACACAACCAGUGAGUGCGUCAGUCAGGUCGUUCAUUUAAUGCAAUGCGUCCGUGUGUGGGCAGGGCACAGCACAAGAUACUCACCGAUAUGCCCCUGUCGUAGAGGUUUUGCAGCACGGUCUCGUAGCUCAACUCGUUGCGGCUCUUGUUGCGGCUCAGCGCACGACCUACACAAAACACCCCCGGAGACCAACAAUCCCAUGCAUGCAUCAGCCCUUCCUUCCCCAUGAUCGAACGUUCAUUGGUACCAGCGCCAUGGCACGUGCUGCCGAAGGUCUCCCUCAUGCCCUUUUCGGUGCCUGUGAGUACGUAGCUGCAGGUGCCCAUGGUGCCGCCGAUGAGCACCGGCUGCCCCGUCAUCUGGUAGUCCACCGGGAUCAACGGGUGGUGCGGCGGGAAGGCCCGGGUCGAACCCUUCCGAUGCACCAGCAACUGACGCAACUGACCGUCAACCAAGUGCUCCUGACACACACACACACACACAUAGGCCGUUAGUGUCUCAUCAGGUGGCCGGUGGUCGCUGCUAGAGUGUGCAGCCACCCACACACACCUCAAUCUUGGCUAUGUUGUGUGAGACGUCGUAGAUGACGUGCAUGUCGAGGUCAUCAGGGGAGGCGCCAAACACCUUCGAAAACGCCUGCCGCGUCAAGAACGUCAUGCUCGACCUGACACCACACACACAGACCACACAGACACACACACAUAGACGGCAGGUAAAUGUAUGUGACGGAUAGCUGGAAGCCAUUGUGCGGGCCCACGAGACGUCAUGCCACGCACCUGUUGACCCAUGCGUAGUUGGCUGCUGCGCUCAUGGCCUUGAGGUAGUUCUGCCCCUCGGUGGACUGAAUGCGGGCGCAUGCCAGCUGCCGGUCGUUGGUCUGGAUGCCGUCGCGGCCCAUCGCACGCUCCAUCUCGACCAACGCAUCGGUCGCUACCUGACACACAGACGAACAAAUGAACACGCAGAGAGGGAAGAUGUCAUGUCGUUGUGUGGGUGUGGUGUCUGGAGUGGUUUUGUGUGUCUCUCUGUGUGUGUGUGUGCGUGUACCUACCUGGUGUCCGAGUCCCCUUGAUCCCGAGUGGAUCAUGACGCACACCUGACCCUUGCGAUCCAAACCCAUCUUCUUGGCCGCCAUCUUGUCGUAGAUCUCGUCUACAACCUGACACCACACAAACACCACACAACACACGUGUUCGUUUCGUUCCCUCCCUGCCUGCCUCCCCCCUUCGAUCCAUCCAUCCAUUCAUUCGCCCAUCCCUCUCUUCCCCACCCCAGGCCACCGCCCCACCCACCUGUAUCUCAGCGUAGUGGUUGCCUGCCCCGAGUGUGCCCAUCUGCGGCAGGCCCCUCUUCUUGGCGCGGCUGGACACCUUGGUGGGGUCGGCCACCAGCAUCCGCCCGUACUCCUCGCAGUGCUCCUUGUCCUCCGGCCAGGCGUACCCUUCCCGCAUCGACCAGUCCACCCCCAGCUGCAGCGCCUCCUCCAGGUCGUUGGGCUUGCACGGGAUGAUGCCCUCGCUACCGACUCCCACAGGGAUGUGGUCGAACAGCGCCUGGGUCAGCCGCUCCUUCCGGUCCGCCAGGUCCUUCUCGGUGACGUUGGUGCGGAUGAGCCGCACCCCGCAGUUGAUGUCGAAGCCCACGCCGCCCGGCGAGACGACGGCCUCCGGCUUGCUCAUGUCGAAGGCCGCGAUGUUGCCGAUGGCGAAGCCGUAGCCGCUGUGCACGUCCGGCAGACCGAUGGACCGACAAACGAUGCCCGGCAGACUCGCCACAUUGCCUGCAGGGAGGGAGGCAGGGAGAACGAACGAACGAAUGCAUGUGCGUGUGAGCUUGUGCGUGUGCGUGUGCGGCUGGCUGACCGAUCUGCUUGACAGCGGGCAGGAAUCCGCCUCUGUCGGAGGGGGCGCGGCAGUAGUUGCGGAGCUCGUCGAGGAUGAGUUUCUCGAGUUUGUCGUUGACGUAGAAGAGUCCCUCGACGUUCAUGUUUGGCACGAAGCCCUUCUUGAUGCGGUAGGACGUCCCAUCUACUCGCUCCAGGUAGCCGCGCUCCUGCUCGAAGUUGCGCUUCAUCUCACACACAAAGUGACGACAGAAAUCCUGCAGCACACACGUACACGAGAUUCAAGGAAUGGCACAUCAGAAAGGAAGCAGCCACACGCGCUUUCUCACCUGAGUUAAUUCUGAUUUUUUCUUGCUGUUUUGGCAGG